UGUGAAUGAAUCUUCAUAGUGUAAAGCAUAUACAUUCAUAUUUCCAAUUAGUAAGUGCAUCCUAUGAGCAUCAUGAACAUACCAUAUUCAUUAUAUUAAAUGAAACUGUUUCUGUAUUGGGCUGUGCAACAAAUAGGUCUUUGGUCAAUGAACUGUUAGAACUUUUAUGGGCAUUAAAUGUGAUUUAGUUGCCUGCCAUUUAUGUGUUUGAGUUAUGUCUCUGCUUAAUAAGGCCUGUAGUUUUUGCAGACCACCUUUUACUUUCAUCCUCUGUAAUCUUCUUAGAGAAGGGGUUGAAGAUGAACAUUAGAUAUUUCAUUUCUUACUGUUUUCUAGACUACACCUUCUUGAUGCCCUCCAAGUGCUUGCAUAUGCUUCUCCUCUGACAUUGGCAAGGUCUGGUCGGGGAUUGAUCUGGUCUGAAUGAUAGAGCAUAACAAAUCCCUUGACAGCUUCAUAAGAAUUGGAAGGAUCAAACUUAUUAGCAGAAACAAAUUUGGUGAUUUGUUCAUCAUCAAAGAACAGAUGAGGAGUGAAUUUUCUGAUUUGGUAGUGAACAAUAUGCAUAAAAGCCGAAGCAUGGAGAAGACUGAAUGGAAAGUCGAUGUCGAGUCAUUUAAAAGAAGAAACUAUGUUGUACAACAGAGAGAUGAUGAUCCUAGUGAAUCAGAAGGAAUUGGAGAUCAAAUCAGCCGGUAUUCCCCAAAGAGUUCAUUCAAGACUUCAAUGGAUGACGAGUUGCCUGAGCUUGUUGUUUUCCUUCAAGAAACCGACUUAGAAUUUGUGAAAGAUAUUUGCAUCGACAAAGUGGUAAUGUCACAUGAAAAAUACAUCAAGGAGAAUUGUGACACAGAAGAUGGUUUCGUCCCUGACAUGCUCAAGCAUAAUACACCAGAAAGCGACUGUGAAUCAAGUGAAGAAUCCGAGUACUUGGAGUCGUCGGUUUCAAGUACUGAAUCAACACAGAUCCUUGGGGAAGACCUCUUUAACAAAGUAAAUGAGAAACAAAAGGAUUAUUCUUCUGAGGUUUCCAUUAUGAAAUCUGUGCCUAUAUUGUUCCUUGAUAGAAAGGUUACAGGUAAGAAGGAAGCAGCUUCGACAAACUCUAUUGCAAGAUCAUUGACUAAGAUACUUGAUGAAAACGGACACAAAGGCAAAGCAGUUGCUAGAAGCAAGAGCAACUUUGAACUUGGCAGCAACUGGACAGCAGGUUGCCGGCACUGUCAUGACUGUGGAAGCACAUCCAUGGCUGAGGACGACACGCCGGAGAAUCAUCAGCAUGAAGAUGGUUCCUCUGCAGCGCAUCACUUAAGACCCUCAUUGUCAUCUUCUUUGGGCAGUGCAUCGCUCAAGUCGAACAGCAGCACCAACAGCUCACAUUCCUUCUCUUUUCCAAUUUUAGAAACAGAAUGGAUUGGAAGUCCAGAAAGAAUGGCGAAAGCUGAUCCGUUGCAAACGUUGCGAACGCGAAGGCGACAACUAUGGAGGCGAUGUUUUCCCUGCUGUAAUUUCUAGUACUGCCAUUGUACUACAAAUUUCAUCUCGAGUAGCGAGUGAACAUUGGAUUAACGUAUUACUUUCGGAGUUUUAAAUUGGUUCUCGUUUCAUAUUCAUGAUCUAUAUGUUAGACCUGUUAUUUUGUUGGUAGUAUAGAGGCCACACAUGAAGUAUGUUUAGGAGUAAAUUGAAAACAUGAAGCUUAUAGAUCUGAAUCUGAUGCUGAUUGAACCUACUGAUAAACACAAAGAAAGAGAUCAUGACGACAGCAAAGAUAAGAUCCUCCUCAGCCAUUGAAGAGGACCAUAAUCAGAGUGCUGGAUGUUUCUAGAGCCCUGGUCUGGUAAGUAGUUCGUUUGAUAUAUAGCUUAGUGCAUUCCCAGUUGCACUUGGGAGACUUUAGUCAGUGGUGCCCACUUUUAGUGUAAGAGUCUUGAAACUUUUGCAUCUAAGGAUGCUCCAUUGGACCAUUUAGCUUGGAAAAGCAGGUGUCCCUAAGUUCAGCCUCAUAAUUUUAAAACGCGUCUGUUGGGUAGAGGUUUAUACGCCCUCAUAAAGGGUGCUUUGUUCCCCUCUUCAUUCUCCUCAUAAAGGGUGUUUUGUUCCCUUUUUCUAACCAAUCUGGGAGCUCAUGAUCUACACCUUGGGACUCAAGUCCUUGCUACCACACCUAUGGUAACAGCUCAAACUUAUGCUAACCGAUAUUGUCCUAGUAAGAGGUUUCCACACCUUUAUAAAGAGUGUUUCGUUCUCAUCCCAACCAAAGUGGGAUCACACACAUAUCUGUCGUUUAGGUAUUACUUUCUUAUCAAAGUUUGCUCGUCCACUGUUACAUCCCUUUCAUUGCCACCAUGAUUUGGUAAGUCUAAACAAUUGAGAUGGCACAAGAUUUGCAGUGGUCAGAAGCGUCGUCAAGCAGGCGCAGGGGCGGAUGAGGACAAGGACCACCAUCAGCCACCACCAUGUGCCAAGUCCAAAUCGAAGGGCAGAUCGCAGUUGGAAUCAUGAAUGUUGAAUGUUGUGUAGAAGCAAGAAGGGAGAGACAAUGAAAAUGACAGUUCACAGGUCAGAUCUCGCUUGAUCAAGCAAGCCAAUUCCCAUUCCAGGACCAUUGCAGCAGAGUACUUACCAAUCCAAUCUCCAUCCCCACAAGCAACAACCACAGAGAUGACAGUGGGAGUUCUCAAACACUAACAAUUUUCCUUUUGUUUACGUUCAAAAUUCGGACAGUACAAUA